GUGAUCCAUCACUAUCUACGAAUCGAUUUCGAUGGAGUUCUGUUUAGAGGCUGUCCGCCAUACGUGAGUGUAGAUUAACAGAGUAGGUUGGCUCGGCACAACAAGAAUUUUGGUAUCAUUUUAUAAGAUUAGAGUAUAUUAGUAUCUUGUUAGUAUGAAGCUGUAUGUGAUUUUAUUGACGAUUGUUGUAUUCACUGCCUUGGUAUGGUCAGCACCAGCAAGCUUUUUGGAUGAAAAUGAAAUAGAAUUAGCCAAACGUGCCAAAGAAACUAUUAUGUUUGGGAAUCAACAAAAUGCCCCGAGAGUUAAAAAGAGGGACCCCGAGGACGCUGUUGGAAGUGAUUCUGUUGAAAAUAUUGAAAGUGAGAGUGCUAGCGAUAAUGAUAGUGAUGAAGAUGAAAGUAAUUUAGACUUAAAGGGGAAUGUGGUUGCCAUGCCUGCUCGUAAUACAUUAGGAUCCGAUGAGGCUUCUCCGUCAUCUGUUGAAGAGGAACUAGGUGACGCAAAGGCUACUGCAGAAGAAGCAGCUGAAGUCAACAGUGCCGAAGAGAGAAAGGGGAAUGCUGUUGAAGACGAAAUAGAUCCUGAUGUUAAAGAUAUGCUUGAUUCUAGCGAAACCAAUAAAGACUCUGAAAGUGAAAGUGGGGACGAGAAGCAGGGAGACGAAGUUGGUCUAGUGCCAGUUCCCGACACAGAAAAUCCUGAAGAUGUAGACGACUUCUACAAGUACCUCAUGAGAUAUGAAAACCCACAGAGAGCCGAUCUGUACAAUCGACUUCCACAAUAUCCUCCUCGUAGUUAUUAUAAUUACCGUAGGCGAAGAAGUCUUAUGAGACACAUGAAAAGAAACGGGUAUAAUUCCAACAAAGCAGUAAAGAGAGCAAAGAGAAUAAAGAGAGAUUUAUUUGACGACGAUGAGUAUUACUACCCCAACCUCGUGGAAGCACCUGUUUUGGAGGAACCUGGCUAUGGAGAAUUAGAAUUUUACCCCGAACCAGAACCUGAAGUUGAUGAAGGUGAUCUAUUGGCUUAUCUUCUUUCAUUGUAUGAAGACGGAAAUGAAGUUGAAGAACCAGCCUAUGAAAUUGAAAAUCCGUAUGAGCGUUUAUUAGAAGAAGAAGCACGAGAAGAAGAAGAGGCAGAAGAAGCAGCUCGAGAGGAAGAAGAGGAAGAACCGGUGUAUGUACCUGUUAAACGACAAAUGUUGAGCACAUUACCAGGGAUGAGGAAACGAUACUUCUAUCCCUUCAACAAGGAACCACAAACUCAUUGGGGAGCCUUUGUUCCAGAACAAAAAAGAGAUUAUUAUAAUGCCUAUGAUCGUGUUCUUCGUUUAGCCAAAGCGUUAGCUGAUCAGGAUUCUUAUUACCCAGAUAUAUAUGACGGUUACCAGAAGAAGUAGAUGGUGUAAAGGUAUAUUUUUAAUAGUGUGAGAGCAGGAGGAGUAUAUCGGGGAAAUACCGUGUAAUUUGUUUGUUUUUCUUUUAAAUGUCGGCUUUAUUUUCAGUAUGUAAUACUGUUGAACCAAUUGUUGUUAUGUAAUCAGUAUUAUUUGAAAUAGUUUUCAGAUACUAACUUUGGUGAACGUAGCGUAUAUGUUUGUUUUUUUUUUUUAAAUUAUUAUUAUUAUUUUUUUUUUUUUUUGGUGUGUAUUUUAUGAUGUUAUACUGUAGGACCACGUUACAAAGUUAUUUAAAUAUAAUGUGAUAUUAAUGUACGUGUAUUUCAUGAGUAACGGAACCAAGAACUAUAUCAUUGGGCUCGCAGUUAAAUCUGCAACCAACACUAACUCUCUUCCCCCCCCCCCCCCCCCGACCUUACUCGGUCUGAUUUCUUAUGGCGCAGCUUAAAGGUUUAAUUUUAGCGGUCAAAAGCUCAGCAUUAAAGCCGCAGUAAGGCUGGGUCCCUCAAUCCUGAUAUCCCCCCACCCCCUUCUCCCCCACUUCUCUGCCUUUGUUAUCACAUUGCCCCUUCUGUGCCAUUUUUUCUUCCAAGAAACUUGGUUCCGAUACUAUUGUUAAUGUUAUUAAAUAAAUUUAUUUUGAAUAAUUCAAACUUAUUUCUUCUUGUUCAAUAUUUGUCUGAAACUGUACAUUCCUGUUAAAAUAAUCAAAAUAACGACAUUUGUGUAUUCUGCAUUAAAUACAAUCCUGUCAUAACGAUAAUACAGAAAUACAUAAUUAUUUAUAAAGAAGCAUCCAUGGAGUAUAUUUCUAUUUGAUAACGAAAUAUUAAACAUAGCAGUAUAUAAAAUACACUAUUUUAUCAUGAUAUAUUUUAACUUAUGAAAUAUAAAACUAUGUUAACUUUCUUUAAAGUUACAAUUUCAUAUUUUCUAAGAAAGUCAAAACAUAAUUAUUUUUAUGUCUUUUGCUCAAUAGGUUGUCAACUCACUAUUAUACCAUCAUAGGUUAUCUUUCUCCACACUUAAAAAUCUUCACACCGGAAAUAAUAACACAAUUACCCCCCAAUUACCUCCCUUGUUUUCCUAUUCCCCACCAUGGGAUAGCUAUCUUCAAACGUUUGAAUUUGAAGUUGAAAAUGAUAUUUUUGCCAAUUUCUCAACUGGCAAUAGUGAAUUAUAGGCUUAAUAGGAUUAUUCUUUAACAAGGUAGGACUGUUUAUAGAUACCAUCUAUUUUAGGGCUUUAUUUUAAUACAUUUUAAAAAUAUAACUUAAAAAUAUGAAAUUGUAACUUUAAAUAUCUCGUGGAUAUGCUGAAUGUUAAAUAAAUGGUUGAAUGUCAA